AUGCGAUGCGCGAGCAAGGCCGCCGAGAGCGCGUCCGCACGUCUCUGUGCGGACGCCGAAGCAGAAACAACAGCAACUGAUGUCUCAUCGGUUGCUGAAGCGACCCAGCCUGUGUCACUUGGCGAUGCACGCGCUGGUCAUGAAGACACUCGUGUCUUCACAGAGUACGAGCUCGGUGUCUCGUACUCUCCUGAUACGGAUGACGGAUCCGUAUCAAAGGCGAUUGAAUCUAAGCCGCCUGCCAAGCGUGGCAUGGACGAUGCUUUGCGUCGUAGCAUCUGUGGUUCGUCUGACGAAUCAGAUGAACCAUCGCCAAAGCGAAGGCGCUCGAGGUCGCGAGACUCGGGCGCUAAUAGUGGUGUCGGUUCUCCUAUGGACACCACUUCGCAACGAGGUGCCAGUACUUCUGUCGGCACGUCGCAGGAAGAGCGGGACCGCAAAGUGUUGCGUCUCGCUCCUGAGAAGAAGGCAUGGAUGCCUCCUAAAUCCGUCAUGGAUCACUUGUCGGCGACGACGAGUGAUCGUUAUCGAACACGAUUGUUCGAUUCGUCAAGAGAUCCAUCACCUUGA